CAUUUUGUCAUUCGCUUUGUGUGCAUGUGCAGUGAAUCUUCCGUUCAAUUUCUCUCAAAAUUGUCCUAAAAUCGCUGAAAAUGAAUCGUGGUCGCAAUGAUCGUCCGUACAGGGGAGGCCAUAGAAGCAAUUACGACAACAGAAAGAACCAACCGCAGCGACCAGCCAUCAAAAAAGAAGUCCAAAGUCCUUCGCCCAACGUCGCUGCCGCAAAUAAUCCCCGUACGCCGGCAGUCACCACGCCAAAUGCGAAGCCAAACAACAAGGAUGAAGCCAAGGUUACAAAGACGAGUCAUCAAGACACGAAGCAAGAGUUGAACAAGUCAAUGGAAAGAGGUUCAUCUAGUAUUUCUUCAUCUGGUGAUCGUGACAACAGACGCCAUCAUCAACGAGACCACGACCGACGAGACGGAGGAAUGUCUGGCGGUCAUAUGUCCGGAAAUCACGGGGGACACGGCGGUCCCGGGGGCAAUCACGACCAAAUGAUGGUCGAAUCUGCCACGCGAAAAACUGAGAAAAAGUUCACACAAAGAUGUCGAUUGUUUGUUGGAAAUCUCACUCCAGAUACGACCGAGGACGAGUUCAAAGGCUUGUUUGAAAAGUAUGGUGAGAUCUCCGAGGUCUUCUUGAAUAAGUCAAAAGGAUUUGGCUUCAUCAGAUUGGACACAAGGUACAAUGCAGAGGCAGCCAAGGCAGAGUUGGAUGGCACAAUGAGAAAGAACAGAAUGUUGCGUGUACGCUUUGCUACUCACGGUGCCGCCCUAAAAGUCAAAAGUAUCCCUCCAUGUGUUUCUAAUGAGCUAUUGGAACAGGCUUUCUCACAGUUUGGUGUUGUGGAGAGAGCAGUUGUGAUUGUUGAUGAUCGUGGCCGACCUACCUCCGAGGGGAUUGUUGAGUUUGCAAGGAAACCUGGAGCUCAGAACGCAUUGACAAGGAUCAAAGAGGGCGUUUUCUUAAUAACCUCAUCUCCAAACCCAAUCUCUGUGGAGCCUCUUGAGCAACGUGAUGAGGAAGAUGGACUUCCUGAGAAGAACUUGCCCAAGAAUCAAGCCUAUCACCAUGAGAGGGAGAACCCACCUAGAUUUGCCUCCCCAGGGUCCUUUGAGUUCCAAUGGGGAAACAGAUGGAAGGCUUUGGAAGAUUCUGAGAGACAACAACGUGAAACACUUGAGAGGAAGUUACAAGACAACCGAGAUAAAAUGGAAGGAGAGAUGGACAUGAUUAAACAUGAACAUCAAGCAGUCAUGAUGAGGCAGGAAUUGGUCCGUCGUCAGGAGGAAUUGAAUCGUCUUGAAGAAGCUCAAAGGGAGAUGCAGCUAAAGCGACAAGAGCAGAUGCACCAGAGGGAGGAACAGCGAAGACGAGAAGAAGUCUUGAUGAAACAGCAGCAGGAAGAGAUGUUGCGUCGCCAGCAACAAGGCGGUGGUGGUGGUGGUGGUGUCAGUAUGCAUCAAGAAAUGCGUCGGCGUCAAGCUGAUGAAAUGGUACGUCAUGCUAAUGGCAUGAGAGGCAAUGGACCACAGGGUCAGAUCAAUCCGGCUAGUGGUAUGGGAGGACCAGGUAAUAGUCAAGGUCUACUGAGUAGCCAGGGUCUGCAAGCUCUUCAAUCUAUUCAAGGUCAAUCAGGAGGGAAUGGUAACGGUGGAAGGAUGGGACCUGGACAAGGACAAUCGCGCCAAUCUCGCUUUGAACAAGCACCACCGGCAAUGGGAGGGCGUGGCCAGGGAGGCCCAGGAGGAAUGGGAGGUCCCCAGCAGAGUGGUGGGUCUUAUGGAGGGGCAUCAGCUGGAGGGCCGCGCCCAUUAGAUGAGAUCCGUACCAGGCCUCCACCUCGUGAUAUGGACCGACGUGAGAGACGUGAUGAUUACAUGCCUAAGCGUGCUCGCCACUACUAAGCUUUGAUUCCGAUAUUUUUUAUAAAGUCAUGUGAAAUCUGAUAAAUUAGUGGUGAGUAAGUGAUAUUAUGUUGUUGUAAACCACUUAAUGAUUAAGAUGCAUGGUUGUAAAUACUUGGGAAUCACCAUUAGAGACCCAUAAACAUGUACAUGUAUAAAUGUUAGUGUUCAUCACAUUAGUUUAGUUCUUGUCAUAAUCAAUCAUAACUAUUUUGUGUUCAACUCCAAAAGUUUUAACAAAAUUUUAGCUUAAAUUUGUUUUUGAUUGAUGUCACUGUACACUAAAAAGCUUCUCGUGAACUUGUUUUAGAAGGAAAAAAAUAAUGCGACAAAAACAUGUUGUCUGCAAGAGAAUAAGACCAUUGUUGAAAAUUGUUUUUUAUUUAAGUUCACAGUUUUUUAAUAUUUUUCAAGUCUAUUGAGCUCUCGGUAUAAUUUCAGUUCAAAUUGUAAAAUUGAACGAGUUAUUAGUUUUGAUUUAUUAUUCACAGCACUUGAUCACUGCGCUGUUAAUUGCUUCAAAAUUGUAAGAAGAACCUUUUAAAAACAUAAAAAUCAUUUAAAAAGAACAAAAAUAAGACUAUCAGACACAAGUUUUAAAAAGUUGUUUAAGUGCAGAGUUGUAGAUAGGAUGAUUGUGUCAUAAAAAAGCUCUUGUAUGGCUUUUGUUUGGUGGGGUUAAACACAUAGUUAGUUGUGACUUGUCUAUAAAGUUAGGGGGUUGGGUGAGAGGAGAAUAAGUUGGGAGGAGACAUGUUAUUUGGUUGGGUCCACACAUGAGAGGUUAUUGAAGGAUGAACCGGGUGUACAAAUAAAAUCUUGGGUUAGUCAAAUUUAGGGAACAAUAGGAGGGGUGGGUGUUUGUUUUUUUUAAAGAAAAUUUCAUGGACUUGUCUUUUAGAUUAGAAGAAAAACUUAUGAAGUGGUUCCUUUGUUUUGGGGUUAUAUUUUUAUUUUUGGGGGGAGGCAACACAAAUGGGGAUGGUGUGUUUAUUGUGGGAAGUUAACGCCUUGUGAGGGUUUAAUGGACGGAUCCUUUGUUGUUGUUUUGUUUUUUUUGUUUUUUUCAAUAUACAUAUAUAUUUUUUUAAAUUAGGGGGGGAGGCAACACAAACUGGGAUGAUGUAUUGUUUAUUGCAGGAAGGUUUGUUUGUUAGGGGUUUAAUGGAUGGAUUCAUUGUGAUUUGCCGUUUACACUUAAAAUAAAUUGUUUUAAACAAGUCCCAGAUUGCAGAUUCUUACCACUGUAUCUUUUACAUUUAAUGUUAGAAUAAAUACUUGUAGUUCACAGUUUUGAUGUCAGUUCAACCAAA